AUGCGGAAGUGUAAAGUGUUUGUCGGUCUGUCCCACCCAGAAUUGGGCCAACUUGUUUGUGACCGUUUGGGCGUCGAACCUGCCCCAUGCACUUUGAAGAAGUUUUCCAACGGCGAGACUUCCGUGCAAAUCGGUGUUUCCGUGAGAGACGAGGAUGUCUACAUCAUCCAGAGUGGCUCUCCUCAGAUUAACGACCAUAUCAUGGAGCUCUUGAUUUUGAUUUCAGCCUGCCGUGGCGGUUCUGCCCUGAAGAUCACUGCUGUUAUUCCUCAAUUCCCAUACUCGAAGCAGCUGAAGAUGAAGAAGCACCGUGGUGCCAUUACCGCCCGAAUGUUGGCCAACCUCAUCAUUAUGGCUGGUGCUGACCAUGUGGUUCUGAUGGACUUGCACGCCUCUCAGAUGCAAGGUUUCUUCACAAAACCAGUCGACAACUUGUACGGUGCUCCUACGUUAGCCCGCUGGAUCCGCCACAACAUCCCUGACUGGGAGAACGCUGUGGUUGUCUCCAAGAAUCCUGGCGGCACGAAAAGAGUCACUGCUUUGGCCGACUCCCUCAAAAUCAACUUUGCCAUGAUUCACACGGAUAGACGCCGUACCCAAGACAAUUUCACCAAGGCCAAGAGACAUUUGGCCCAUUCCCAGGAAGACAACAUCGUCAGUGAAAUGCAGACCGCCAGAGUCGUCAAGGGUCAUGUUGUGGAUGAUGACUACGAACAAGAAAAUGGCCCUGUUGCUGAGAAGCCAGCAACGAUUCUGAAUAGCGACGCCUUGGGCGGUACCUUCGAUGCCACGAAUUCUGACGACGAAGACGAGCCCACUGCCAUUGCCCAGGAAAAGUUGAUCACUCUUGUUGGUGACGUCAACAACAAGGUGGCUAUCAUCUUGGAUGACAUGAUUGACAAGCCCAACUCGUUUAUUGCCGCUGCUGAGCACUUGCGUUUGAACUGUGGCGCCAGAGCCGUCUACGUUGUGGGUACCCACGGUUUGUUCAGUGAUCGUUGUCUUGACGAGUUGAACGACUCCAAGUGCAUUGACAAGAUUGUGGUUACCAACACGUAUAGAGUGAGCGAGGAGAGACAGAAGGCGAACGAGAAGUUGGUGGUGAUUGAUGUUUCGCCAAUUUUCGCUGAGUGCAUCAGAAGAGACCACUUUGGCGAGUCGAUCUCUGUGUUGUUCGACUCGUUAGCUGCCAUUGAGUAG